UAUUUUAAUAGCUAGCUAGUAUGAUAUCUUCCCACAAAACAAAAUCAAAACACACAAAAUCGUCUCAAACUAACCAAAAGCAAAUACAAAUUACCAACCAACAUAUCUAUCAUGAUGUACAAGCGUGUCCCAGUUCAAAUUGCGGUAGUUGCCUUCCCCAACUCAAACACUGCGGCCUCUGCUGCCGGCAAUCUAGCCACGACUUUGGCGCUCAAAGGCGUUACAUGUGCCAAUCUUGUGAUUGUCAAAAAGGAUGAGGACUCCAAGGUUACGAUCAAGGAAUAUGGAAAAGAUGGUCCAUUCAAUGGCUUUAUUGUGGGAGGCACCAGUGGAACAUUUGUGGGAGCUGCUGUCGGUGGCAUUGCCCUAUCACUGCUUGGACCCAUCGGCAUGGCGGCGGGUGGCAGUGUAGGAGCUAUUGCGGGAGGUGCCAUCGGAGCUUUAAAUGGUACCAUCACUGGCACUGCCAAAGCUGUCAUGGUGGAGAGUGUGGACAAGGAAAAGAUACAGUUAUUGGGGUCAUGCCUCACACCCAAUUCCUCGGCUUUAGUAGCUGUCUUUGAAGAAGUAGUCAUGACAAAGUCGGAAUUGAAGAAGAAACAUUCUGACAAACUCAAGGAAGUGGAUGAAGUUACAAAGCUGGCAGCAGAAACCAUCAGUUCUGCAUUGAAGCAAGACCAGUUUGUUGGAGUUGGUCUUGAUGUGGAUGAUGAGGGCAUUCUGCUGAGUCGGACUAUUGUCAGUGAUGAUAAGAUCAACAUUGGUACUUUCAUGCUGACGCCGGAACUUGAAGAGUGCUUGGUUUCUACAGUAUCAAUAAACAAAGAUGGCGAAGCUUCAGAGAAAGACUUGGUGACUGAUGAGGGUGGUGUCUUUCUAGGUGGUGUUCUAGUUCAAGAAGAUGCACUUCUCUAUGAGGUUGGAGCUGUUGAUCCAGAUUCUGAAAAGGUUAGCAUUCGAAAAACUCCAGAAAUUGGUGGUGGUGCUGCUGCUGCCAAGCCUGUGUCUCCAGAACCACGUGAUGGUGCCCAGAAGGGCGCCCAUGAAGUCUCGUGCUAGCAGGACCUGGCACUGGCACUGGUAGUCUACCGGUAUCCGACAAAUGAAUGGCUUGCUUCCAAAGAUGGAAAGGAUAUUUUGGAUCCAUUGUAUGAUAUUUCGUGGCCCUGCCAGAUGGGGCACUGUUCUGGGCACUCCAUUUUUAUUAAUAAGUAAAUGUAACCAAUGUAGAUAAGAAAGUCAGGCUUAGACUGGAAAACAACGCGC